UUCACUUGUCAGUUUCAAAGGACCAGACACACGUGUUUACCGUCAGGAUAAGAAACCUCCGGGGCGCCUUUAAAAGGCGUGCGCCGGCUCCCUCCCAAGCCGUUGCUUUCACUUCCGAGGGAGGAAGAUCCGGUGUUUGCAGUGGGAAAAGGAGGUCGGGUCAAUCUGGCAAGAAUUUAGAGGCAACCAGAAUAGCUAAAACUGCCAUGAGAUGUGUCUGCACCACACUUGUCGUUUUUGCCCUGGCUUCUCAGGUGGUUGAUGCUACAUUGUCGAAGACAGAUACAAAAAAAGCUGCCUCAAAAACACUGGAGAAAAAGACUCACCAUUCAGAUAAAACAGUGCAAGACCGUGGUCUUGUGCUUACGGAUUCAAAGGCGAAAGACAUUAUCUUGGAACACAAAAGCUACUGUGCUAAGAAAUCACGAGAGCGCUAUUUCUCAGGAGAUGCUCUGGGCUACGUUACACCUUGGAACAGCCAUGGCUAUGAUAUUGCAAAAAUAUUUGGAAACAAAUUUACAACAAUUUCUCCAGUCUGGCUUCAGGUGAAAAGAAGGGGCAAGGAGCGGUUCCAGGUGACAGGGCUCCAUGAUGCUGACCAAGGUUGGAUGAAAGAAGUCAAAAAGAAUGCCAAAAACAUCAAAAUAGUGCCACGGAUUUUGUUUGAAGGCUGGACGUACCAGGACUUUGAGAGUGUGUUUAGCAGUGAGGAUGAGAUAGAAGAACUUUCAAGCAAUAUGAUUCAAGUUGCCAAGAGUGAAAACUUUGAUGGAUUUGUGAUUGAAGUUUGGAGUCAGCUGGGAAAUCAAAAGCAAACAACCAACCAGUUGGGAACAUUCACGAAGAAAGAAUUUGAUCUCCUCGCUCCAGUAGUGGACAGCUUCAGCCUGAUGACAUAUGAUUAUUCGGCUCCACAACGGCCAGGUCCUAAUUCUCCUCUACCUUGGAUGCAAGCAUGUGUUCAGAUGCUGGACCCAGAAUCCAAAUGGAGAAGCAAACUCCUCCUGGGCCUGAAUUUCUAUGGCAUGGACUACUCAGCACUCAGUGCUUCAGGGGAACCAAUCAUUGGUAACAGGUAUAUAGAAAUCUUAAAGGAGCAUAAACCUAAGCUGGUUUGGGAUGAACAAAUAGCUGAACAUUAUUUUGAAUACAAAAAAAAUAAAGGAGGCAAGCAUGCAGUCUUCUACCCGACUUUAAAGUCUAUCCAACUGCGUCUGGAGCUUGCAAAGGAAUUGGGCACAGGAAUAGCCAUCUGGGAACUGGGCCAAGGCCUGGAUUAUUUUUAUGACUUGUUUUAAAAUAAGACAUUUCCAUCUUCAUCAACUGGAGCCCGGUGGGGGAUGCAGAAAUUUAUUUUGGAGGGGGCUAAUGUAAUUUAUAUGGAAUCAGAUUCACAUUCUUUUGCAAUAAAGAGCCUCCUUUUCAA